GCCGGUGGGGGGGAGGCAUGCUGCCGCUAAUGCUCAUGGCCCUGCUGCGGCGGCGGCGUGGGUGGACGGGUCGGCGCGGCGCGCCCCGCUACGCCGAGGAGCUCAGGCCCUGUCUGCAUAGCGUGGCCGGUCUGGCCUCCGUCGACCAGCGACGGCCAGCCUGGGCAUCGAGAUCCUCACUCAAGGAGCAGACCCGGAGCUCAGUCCUGGCCGCCGAGGACGCUGGCCGGCCUAACGCGCGCGUAUCCAGGCGCCGAUGCAGUGCUUGGGGGACAUCACUCACGCCGCGCUCGCCGCUCGUUGCGUCUUCGAAUCGUCGCCUACAGCCAGGGAAGACGAAGACAAGGCGACUCUGAAAGGUGGUGCGUCCAAGCUGAUUUAGAAAGCGCUGAUAUCAAGCGAAGUCUGAGUAACAUUGGGACUUUGGUUGCAAUGAUACUAAAACGGAGGAGAUCCAAUCACUCAAAAUGGUAAGAAAAGAGGCCAACCGGCAUAUCUUUAAUCUGUCGGCCAAUGCUUAUCAUUCGUUUCUUACAUCAUCGUCGCAUAUAAAAUCGUUGGGGAAGUGACAAGAGAUAAGACAUUGUUUGGUAGGCCGAGGCAAUAGUUAGCAGUACUAUAUGAACUAAUUAAGCACACCUAUUCUAGCAAAAGGGGGUACUACCAGUAUGUUUUGGGGGGCUGGGGUAUUUAUUAACUGUUCAAUGUUGGAGUACUCUCUAUCACCAAUUAUUGCAUUGUGUUCAUCUUUUGGUUCUAGCAGUACUAUUUAAGUGCUAGUGUUGGGCAGAUGGACCAAAUGCUCUCUUCAUUCCACAGGAUUUGUCAUGCGCCUGAUGCUGUUGUGCGGUGUAGAACCAUAGACUCCGUCGCCUGUAAGUCAUCCUUACUCGUCACGUUCCUUUCAUACUAUGCAUGUGGAAAUGCAUAGAUCUUCGAGGUCUUCAUAGGUUCUUGACACCGUAUUGUUGAUAUUCUGUAUCAUCAUGAUCUUUGUUAUUCAGAAAAUAAUAAUAGAAAUGCAUAGAUGUAGCUGCUAAUAAGAGUUCUCUUUAUUUUGUUACUGUAGUAGCACAAAAUUUACUUCCGUCUGGGCAAUGGCUGGAGGGCCGAUUCAGCUGUGGAAUGAGUGGGCGACCCAAAUCCUCGUCCUACUCAGCUUCGCGCUCCAGAUUUUCCUCUUCCUCUUUGCUAGGACUCGUCGCCAUGGACCCUCUGCCGUGCUGAAGAUCCUCCUCUGGUUGGCGUACCUCAUGGCCGACUCCACCGCUGUCUACACCCUCGGCCAUCUCUCCAUCAGCGGUUCGCCGCGUGAGCAAAAGCUUGCGGUAUUCUGGGCGCCCUUCCUCCUGGUGCAUCUUGGUAGCCAGGACACCAUCACCGCCUACGCCCUUGAGGACAACAAGCUUUGGCCACGCCACCUGCUAAAUCUCAGCGUCCAAGCCUUUGGGGUUGCUUAUGUCCUCUAUAAGUAUAUCGCCGAGAUCCCCGCCUCAUUGGGAUUGGCAACCGGCUUGAUGUUUGUCAUUGGUCUCAUCAAGUAUGCGGAGAGGAUAUGGGCUCUCAAGCGCGCCAACCUUGACAGCAUCCUGAGCUCUAUCAGGGAACCUCAGGCCCUCCCUAUUUACUACAGUGAGCUUCCAACCCGGGGAGCAGGGGUAGAAGAGCGAGAUGAAGAAGAGCUCCUGCUGUUCGCCCAAGGCAUGCUCCCUCUUUGCAAGGGUGCUAUAGCUGAUUUGCCUCUGGCCUUUUAUAAGUUCGUAGAUUUUGCUAUUCAGCCGUACAGUUCUUACAGAUUGAGGUGGAACUGCAAAGCUAUGUGCAAGGUGGUGGAGAUGGAGCUCUCCCUCAUGUAUGACAUCCUCUACACCAAGGCUGCGGUGAUGCACAACUGGUAUGGCUACUGCAUCCGUGUGUUCUGUCCGCUCGUGACUGUCGUCGCGUUCAUACUGUUCCAGUUAAGUGGUAAUAAAGAUGGUUACAGCAGAGUCGAUGUUGGCAUCACUUACAUCUUGUUGGUUGGUGCUUUUCUCCUGGACAUGGCAGCAGCGUUCAGUGCUUUUGGGUCGACCUGGACAUGUAGUUUCUUGUGGACUAGAGGCUGGAGUCGGCUUGGUCUUCUCAUCCUGUCUCUUCGCCGGCAUUUCAAAGCUGCUAGAGGCAACAGAAGGUGGUCACGCUCCAUUGGACAGUUUAACUUGUUCCAGUUCUGCUCUCAUGACAAGAGCAAGCUAAGCAUCAGAGUGGCCAGGAUGAUGGGGCUCAAGGAUUGGUGGAACAAAUGGCAGCAUUCUGAGACCCUAGUGAUUUCGGAGGAUGUCAAGGAGUUGCUGUUCAAACUUGUGUGGCAAGCACUGAAGGAGAUUCAUGUCCCUGGAGCAAAGUAUGAUGCCAACCAUACGCACGAGGAGGAGCCCAUGGCGAUGAUGCCAACCGCAUGUAUGAGCUUUGGUCCUGAAUCAUAUGAAGAUACUUCCAGGAGGCGUAUGAAACUAGACGAAGCUCUGGGCUUUGGUGCUGAACUCCAAGAGGUGAUCCUUACCUGGCACGUCUUUACGGAUGUUUUCCUCUUGUGCAGGGACAUGGACACCCCCAAGGACAAUGAUGCAACAUCAUCCACAUAUGUGAAGGCGAUCAAGGCAUUGUCAAAUUACAAUUGUUUUCCUCAUCGCUAUACGCCCCGACACAAUACCUGGUCUCGAGCUACGCAGCAUGUACGAAGCAACUCGCGUUGCUUUGGAUGCAGUAUGGACUACGGCUGGCGGGUUUCCAUUUCGUGAUGAACCUAGAUAUUUACCAGCAUCAGAGAAGAUUCUUGCCUACAGAGUGAAAAACAAUUUGGAUAGCAUGCAGAGAAAGUCAAUAGCCAUUCUCGGGCGUGGAGAAAAAUAUGCCAGGAUGCUUCUAGGCCUGGUACGUACAGGCAAACCUGACAACCCUGGUGUCAUAUCUCAUUUCAAAGAGGAUGAUCAUGCUGGCAUGGAAAAACUGAAGCGGCUUUUGAUGCCAGAUCUGGAAUCCUCGUGCCAAGGUGGUGUGUUGGAUAGUACCAAAGCGUUGGCGCUCAUACUGGAGGCAUGGGUGCGUCUGCUCAUCUUCGCAUCUGUCCGAUGCAGCAGAGACGCUCAUGCCAGACAGAUCAACUAUGGCGGCGAGCUCACAACCGUUGUUUGGCUCCUGGUAGAACAUGUUGCCAUGUUUUUCAAUCCGCCUGCAGAAGAUGAGCGUAAAUCCUGUUUGCCGGAAGGUUCACUGGAAGGUCCACCGGCAGAAGAUGAGCGUAAGUCCUGUUCGCUGCAAGGCUCACCGGAAGGUUCAGCAGAAGGUUCGAUGGAAAGUUCAGAAAUCUUGGAAAUUACACUCGAUGCCCGAUCUCAGAAUUCCCUCGGUGAACCCCGUUCGCCGCAAGAUAUGAGAAGCCUAAUUCGCAUGGCCAUGGAGGAAAGGAAAAUUCGGAAAAAAGAAGAAGUAAAAAAAGGGCUGCUGCUUAGUGAUGUCCAAUGUAUUAUCGACUACUGUAUUGCCGCUACUUGUGUUCCUCGGCUAAGAUUCCAGUCAUCACAUAAGUUUGUUUCUCCAGACAAAAUUUAGACCUCUCUUUAUUGCCUGUACUCUUCUCCUCUGUUGUUGUCUGUGAUUAGCUAGGUCCCGGGGGUCGGGACACCCGCUUAUCCUUGCCGUCCACCCACAGUGUCCGACUUGGCGA